CCGCAUGCGUGGCUGAUGGAGCCGGGCUCGGGGCUGCCGCAGCGCAGGGCGGGGGGCGGCGGGCUGGACCUCGGGGCGGGCUCGGCGGCGGGGUCGCCGGCGCUCUCCGGGGGGCAGUCCCGCCGCAGGAAGCAGCCGCCGCGCCCGGCCGACUUCAAGCUGCAGGUGAUCAUCAUCGGGUCGCGGGGGGUGGGCAAGACCAGCCUCAUGGAGCGGUUCACCGACGACACCUUCUGCGAGGCCUGCAAGUCCACCGUGGGUGUUGAUUUUAAAAUCAAAACAGUAGAGCUAAGAGGAAAGAAAAUUAGAUUACAAAUCUGGGACACAGCAGGUCAGGAGAGAUUCAACAGCAUUACCUCAGCAUAUUACAGAAGUGCCAAGGGAAUUAUUUUGGUGUAUGAUAUCACCAAGAAGGAAACAUUUGACGAUUUACCAAAAUGGAUGAAAAUGAUUGAUAAGUAUGCUUCAGAAGAUGCAGAGCUUCUAUUAGUUGGAAAUAAACUGGACUGUGAAGUUGAUCGAGAGAUUACUCGACAGCAGGGAGAGAAGUUUGCACAGCAAAUAACCGGGAUGCGGUUCUGUGAAGCAAGUGCCAAGGAUAAUUUUAAUGUGGAUGAAAUAUUUCUAAAACUUGUUGAUGACAUUCUGAAGAAGAUGCCACUGGAUGUUAUAAGAAAUGAGUUGUCCAACAGUAUCCUGUCCCUGCAGCCAGAGCCAGAAAUCCCACCAGAACUGCCUCCUCCAAGGCCACAUGUCCGUUGCUGUUGACUUGUUACUUCCUACAGAGUGAAAAAUAGGAGCAGGAGGGUAAAGAAAGUAUCUGUACUACUCUGCACUACAAUCAUUUGGCAGUUUCUUGUUGCACUUUGUUAUUCAAGUCAGAGCUACACACUAACUUGUAAAUAUGCAAAUAUGCAAUCCUAUGUAGGAUUCAACUAUAACAUUAAUUAUUACCCCUCUCCCUCACGAUGAUGUUUUGUUCAUUGCCCCAGUGUUAUAAAUACUGUACAGUCGUUGGGGGUUUGCCACACAUCCCGUUGAGGAGAAGGAGAAAUUAAAUCUAUACCUAUUCUUGACA